CCCACAGCGGUGCGUGCGUGUUAGCAGAACGGCGGCUGACUAGCAGCGCUAUGGCGGUGGCAGUGCGAGCUUUACAGGACCAGCUCGAAAAAGCCAAAGAGAGCUUAAAGAAUGUGGACGAAAAUAUAAAAAAGUUAACUGGAAGGGACCCGAACGAGUUAAGGCCGGGUCAGACCAGACGGCUUUCCCUUACAGGCCCAGGUGGAGGAGGUAGGGGCAGAGGAAUCAACAUAUUGAGGCGUGGACUCUCCGAUGGCGGUGGAGGACCCGCAGCCAAACAGAGGGAUGUUGAAGGGGCACUCUUGAGGCUGGCAGGGGAUCAGCGAGCCAGGAGAGAUUCACGGCAUGACAGCGACGCUGAGGAUGAGGACGAUGUCAAAAAACCAGCGUUGCAGUCAUCAGUAGUCGCUACCUCCAAGGAGCGCACACGUCGAGAUCUUAUUCAAGAUCAGACCAUGGAUGAGAAAGGAAAGCAAAGAAAUCGCCGCAUGUUUGGCCUGUUGAUGGGAACGCUGCAGAAAUUUAAGCAGGAGUCGACAGUGUCUACAGACAGGCUUAAAAGACGGCAGGAAAUUGAACAGAAGCUGGAAGUGCAAGCAGAGCAAGAGCGUAAGAAAGUGGAGAGCGAGAGACGCGAGCUGUUCGAAGAGAGACGAGCCAAGCAGACGGAGCUCAGGCUUCUGGAGCAUAAAGUAGAGCUGGCUCAGCUGCAAGAGGAGUGGAACGCCCACAAUUCUAAGAUUAUCAAGUUUAUUCGGACAAAGACCAAGCCUCCGCUUCUCUACCUGCCAGGCCGCAUAUGUUCAGCUACGCAGAAGCUCCUGGAUGAGUCUCAGAAAAAAAUGAACGCCAUGUUUGAUGAGAGGCGUGAGGCUUUUGCUGAGCACCUGAACAAGAUGGAGGCUCGGCCGAGGCGUCAGUCUCAGCGUGCCGGCAAAAAGGAAAUGGAGAGUGCUGAAGGGCGGAAGAAAGAAGAGGAAGAUGAAGAGGAGGGUAAGCAGAAGGAGAGGCUGACAGGUAAACGACAUGAUGUAGAGAUGGAGGAUGAGGAUGAGGAGGAAGCAGAGGAGGAAAUGGAAGAAAGGGAGGGGAGUUCAGAGGUCAGGGAUCGGGAGGUAGAGGGGGAGAAAGAACAGAAGGAGGAGGAGGAAGCUAUGGAGAAGGAUGAGGGGAAGGUAGAAAAAGAGGAGGAGGGUGAAGAGGGAAGGGUGGCUGUGGAGGAUAGAGAGGUAGAGGAGAAGAUGGAGGUUGAGAUGGUAGUAAGGGAUUUAGAGGGAGAACAGCAACAGCAGCAAGAAGAGCAGGAGAAGAGUCCAGAGGUAGAUGAGGUAGGUAACGACAGGGAUGAAGAGAAGGAAAAGGAGCAGGAGAAGGAGAGCCUCCAGGAAAAUGACAUCAAAUCCCCCAAAACUGCUGACAACGACACACAAGUCCAAGCUGAGGAAUCUAAAGAUCCUCCUGUUGAAGUUUCCUCACAACCCAUAAUGAAAGACAGCGCAGAGCCAGGUGGGUCUCUUGAGCCCCAAACACAUACUGAACAACCAGAAAAAGACGUAAAGCAGCCACAGGAAGUAGUCAUGGAGCCUCAAGAAGCAAAGAAACCAGAGGAGGAGGAGGUGGUGGUGGAUGAGGCACGGGGCCGAGCUAAGACCCAGACAUCACAGAGCAGAAGCCAGAGGAGCAGCAGCAGCUCCUCCACGAGCUCCUCGUCCAGUUCUUCGUCUAGCGGCUCGAGCUCUUCCUCCAGCAGUUCUAGCAGUUCUUCGUCUGCCUCGUCGUCCUCUUCAUCGAGCUCUCGAUCACGCAGCCGCAGCAGAGAGCGUCGUAGAAGGAAUUCGGAACGGAGAAAGAACGACAGGAGUCAAAAGACAAGUAAAAGCAGCGGUGGGCACAGAGACAGGAAAGAAAGGUCCAAGGAGAAGGACAGGAAGAGGACGGGUUCAGAUGGAAGCAGGUCGGGAAAACGGUCGUCACGCAGCGAACGGGAUCGCAAAUCUGACCGAAAAGAGAAAAGGCGCUAAAGGGUGGGAGAGAAAUCAUUUGUUUUUCUUCUUUUGUAUACAAGUCAGUCUGAGAAUGUUGUGUAUGGAGAGAAGGUGAAAUUGCCUUAACAUGACUUCCUGUUCUUUUUAAUAUAUGACUACAUAACUGGCCCUUUUUGUUUCUCUUUUUAAUUUACUCUUCUCUCACUUCCUGUGCUGUCUUAAUUUGUAGCUUUUAUAAAGAUUAAUUUUACUGUAAUGCUAAAAUCACGUUGAUCUUUCAGCCCUGUUAUCUGAUCUGACUGCAGGAGGAGCUCUCAUACUGAACUUAAGCAUUUUUGACCCCGGUAUUGUUGCUUGUCAUGUCAUGGUCGUAUAGUAGAGUAGUAAUUUUUCUUCUUUUUUUUUUGGGCCACUUGUGCAGUUCAGCUGUCGUUUUUCAGUUUUUCUCUGUAAAUGUCAGAUGUCCGCUGUGCUGAGGGAAGCACAACAGCCCUGAUUUUUGGAGUGGGAGAGAAAGAGCCGUUGACCUUUUUGUAUAAUUGAAGCGUAAUCAUAUCUUGUGAGAAACUUGAAUAAAAUGCAGAAAAAAAACA